CGCACGGAAUAAACGUCUCCAAGAACUACAGAAAAAUAACYCCCUCAAUAAUUCAACGAUUGCUUGUGGUCUGGUGGUAAUAUCGAAGUUUUAAGACUCUGAUUUCAAAGUCCAGUAUCCAAUUGAGUGAUAUAAUCAUAAUUACCCCGAUCGUAUAAUACCUUGGUGAAGAAAAGGCACAGUGUUUUCAUCGAUGGUUAAGCGAAUUUUUCUCUUUCGUCCCUCGCUUAUCCGAACAUGAAUUUCGAUGAACAUGGAAACACAGACUUUCUAACUCGUUAUACAUCGCAUUCUUCGCGGCAUUCAAGCCCAGAUAAAAGCUCAGAUCAAGAUGGACUGCAGUUUGGUUCACCGUUGUUCGCGAUGCUUAACAACAGCUCGGAGAAGCAGUUUUGCAGACGAGAUAAUGUCGACCAAUGUCUUGCAUAUUUGAAUCAAGAAUUCUGCAUCCUUGGUUUCAAUCCACUCUUUACUCCCUCUCGAAAUGGUAAAGAGCUUUCUGACACAUUUGACAUUGUCAGGCUCAUAAAUUGUACUUAUGAACUGUUACAGCUUCAACAACAGAACUCCAAAGUCAGAACAUCAUUGGAAGAGAGAAAUCUCAGAUCAGAAUGUGAUAAUGAAUUUCUGAUACAAAAUCAAAAUAGAUUAAAGGCACAAGUUGAAAGCCUUGAAAGAGAGGUGGCCAUGUCCAAUGAAAGAGAAAGACAACUGAAAAGUAAGAUUACAAAGACAAAAGAACAACUGAAAAAUGAAAAAGAUGAGGUCAAAAGGCUUAAGUCGAAUUUUCAGCAGUUUCAUAACCAGAUAAGCCAUGAAAAUAAGAAAAAAGAAAAAGAAGUUGUGCGACUAAAAGAAAGAGUGCAUCAGAUGCUCACUGAUAAAAGCCAAGAAAAGAGAAUAGGAAUGGAGAUUCUUAAUUCUAUCCAAAGAGCUGAUGGAAAAAGAGCAAUGUGGAACACGGGAAAUAGAAGCGAAGAAGAAAUGUAUAGAUUACUAGUAACAAAUUAUGAAGCAAGACAAAAGGAAUUAAUUAAAGAGAACAAUGAUCUGCGGGAUUCCCUGCUGGACAUGCAAGCAGAACUCAUUGGUGCAUUAAACCAGAAGUCCACUGGAUACGACAGUGAUUCUGAGGGCUGUACAAGUGAUGAUGAAUGUUCUGGUCUGUCUGUCCGAAGUCUUCCUGCAGGACACUUCAAUAUGCCAUAUGAACUGGUCAGAGAAGGAAUCGAAAAGAGUUUGAGAGAAAAAUGGAGGGUGUUAAAGUCCCGACUUGAGCAAGCAAACAAAGGAUCUUCUUCAAGUUCACCACAAGACAAUGAAGAAAAAGCUGCAWUGACCGAAGAAGUAGAAAAGUUGAAAAAACAACUGGAUAAUUAUCRACACAUUGUUGAACAACAAGAAGCUCUGAUAGAGUCRUUUCAGGUCAAAGAAAGUGAAGGAAAUGCUCAAGCUGAUUCUUCGUUCCUCAGUGAUUCUAGAAUGUGUGAAGAAUGGGAGCGACUGAAACAAGAAAAAGUGAUGUUCAAUGAACAGAAAAGAACAUUUGAAGAUGAACGAAGAAAUUUCACAGAAUCUGCCGCCAAGUUAGSAUACGAGAGAAAGAAAUUCGAAGACGAAAGGUCAAACUUCAUCAAGCAACAGCUAUUGAUUACGCCUCAAAGAAAACUUCCUUCGGUUUAUAAAAAGCUACGAUCUCCUGAUGGCCAAAACAGUCCACCAAGACUACAGUACAGCACUCCAAUGUUUUCWCCCGCACCGAGAGAAAACCGAGAAAAAAAGUCGAUUCAUGUACCGAGGGAGGGUCCCGUAGAAACCCCAAGUACGCAAGAUCUAUACUUGGCCUUGUCUCUGCAGGCAGACGACAAUGAGGACAGCAACAACGAGACGCCAAAACAUCCAUCUAAAGCCAAUACCAGCCCACCACCAAGCAGAUGCUCAUCAGAUUCGAUUGAUGGAACCAACGCAUCAAAAUCUAGAUCAAGAAGAAUCAACGAGCAUGCGCAGCUCGUGAAAAGAGCUCUCCAGCUCAGACAAGGGAGUCCAACUUGUGAUGGAUAAUGGAUCUCCUUUUCCCCUUACAUUUCAUUCCCUAGAGUAUCAUCUCUUUAUUUAACAGUUGCGCACGAGAAGGCAUAAAUAUGGAUACAAUACAAACAAAAAUAAUAUUCUCAAGAAAAUGAUAUGUGGUCUGAAAUGGGAAAACAUUAGACCUAAGGAGGUCUAUUCACUAAAGAGACAUUGUGUCAUGAUAGUUGUUUAGYCUGCUGCUGUAUCGUGAGCCUGUGUGCUCAAUAAUAUCCCUAGAAUGUGAAUGAAGAAAAAAAUAUUCGUUGAUGGUUAGAUGGUCAAAUAUUUUAUAUAGAUGCAUGAACUAAAAUAAUAUUUUCUUGUAGCGUACGUAUUAUUCAUUUAGAGCAAUUUAUUUUCACCUUAACCUAAAGCAUAUGCAGCUCGAACAAUUUUUUUAUGAAAAGGGAAAGUAAUGAAAGAAACUAAAUCUACUGGACCAAAAAAUAGUCGCUAAAGUUUUUGUUGGCCGGGUUUGGUUUUGUUGCUGUUGAGAACACAGGAAGCCCAGUGUGAGAAACGAGAGAGAAAAGAGCUAAUUGAUAAACAUUUUCUUGUGAUUGAAUCGAAAUAAACCAAAUUAAUCUACAAUAUUGCUUUGUAUUUUACAUGCUAAGUUUAUUUUGUAAAUACAACUUKUCCCUAACUGGUUCUAAAUAAAACUGGUGUAUUUCCUAA